CUUUAACCUGCUGGGAUAAGCUCGGCACUGACCCGCUAAAAGCCACUGAAGAACCGAGAAAACCGCAUUACUUUUAAAGAAGUAGUAGUGAGCCCGACUCAGGUUUAAGUUGUACCUUGCUAAUGGUGUUUCCCUCAGCUGACAGCCAGAGCCCGCCAGGUUAAUCCCCUGACGGGAGGACGAACAGCCGGGGAGCGCCCUCAGAACCCCGGCUGGCCGCGGUUUGCAGCUGCUGCCCUUAGAAAUUCUCCCGCAGCCAAGGGAAAGACGAAGAUUUGCUGGGACAGCUUCAGAAUUUUAAGUUUUCCAUGGAGCUUUUUGUUUUGUUUUCUAAUUGGUAGUGGGACUGAAAACUGGUGUGGACAAAUGUUCAGCUUCAUACUCGAGGUUUAGCUUUAACUUAUUGUCGGGUGUGAAUUACAAACAUAAAAGGUUAGUUUAUAACCGGAAACUAUUUGGAGCACUUUACAUGACCACAAACUAUCAGGUAUUGGUAGGUUUUGUAGAUAGACGCCUAGAUAUGUAAAAUAAUGAAAACUGAAACCAUGAUUUGGUUUAUUUUUUUCACGCAGAGAACUUGUCUACACUACAUUCCCAGAGUGAAAAAGAUUUCCAUCUAUGAUGAUGACAGAUUUUACAGGAGACCAUAUGUGGUUACAAAUACAGCGUGAACUCAGUUUGAGGAAACUAACAGAGGGUUCACAGUAUCAAGAGGAACUAAAAUAUGACUUCAAUAUAAAAGGGGAGCUGAGGCACCUGGAUACAAAUGAGUCCUUCGUCUUCAAUUACUACAAGAAUGGACAUGAGCAGAAUCAUAAACGCUACGAAGUUCUGGGACAUUUUAUUACCCAGUAUGUUUAUGAGCUCCUGGAAAGAGUCUGCAUGCUGCAGAAGGUUUAUAUUCCUACUGAUGCUACACAGGAUGAACCAAGAAGUUUCUUUUUCAUGAGCAAAAAUGCACUAACAAGUUCCUCUAGCCUAAUUAUCCUUCUUCAGGACCGUGGAGUUUUUUGUGCUGGACAGUGGGGGCGAAGGGCAAUUGUCAGUGAGGGCCUGAGGCAUGGAACACAAAUACCAUUCAUCAAAAUGGCCCUGCAAAGCCAAUGGGAAGUGAUUGUACUGAACCCCAAUGACAACUUCACUGAUCUGAACACUGAAAACGAGAGAUUUUCUGCCAAGGAAGAAGCACUUAAUUUUACACAGUCUGUCUGGUGGAUCCCCAAGAGGGGCAGCAGCAGCCCUGAGGAGCAUACCAUGUAUGUAUGGGAUCAUUUCAUUGCAAAGAGUGCAGCCAGGAAUGUGGCCUUCAUUGCCCAUGGCUAUGGGGGGUUGGUGUUUGUUGAUCUGCUGGUGCAGAGGAAACAUGAGGUGAUAAAUAAAGUGUACUCAGUGGCAUUCAUCGACUCCACACACAACAUGCAGCACCAGAGCAGACAUGAUCCAGAAAUACAGGAAUGGAUAUACAGAAACUGCCAGGAAUGGGUGUCGAACAGUAAACCCCUAAAUAAAACUGUGGGCUUUCUCCUGAGAGUAAAUUGUCCUACUUUGUCUGCUGGAACAGAAAAGUAUGGUUUAGCACCCUCCUGCUGCUUACAACCCAUCUUUAAGUACCUGAAGAACAAGCUGAAAGCCAAGAUCACAACAGCCUUGAGGAAUUCACCUGUUGCAACCAGAAGCAGCACACAUAAGAAGAGAGGCAAUAAAUAAAGAGUCAGACAUAUUUCACCUACUUAUUGCAUCAGAGCAUAUUUCAAAUUACUUCCCUAUUUUACAUCCUUCUGGCUUCCUACAGAAUUCUCAAUGCAGAUGCUGGUAACAACAUUAUAAUUUUCAAAUAUCAUCUUCUCCAGACAUGGUAACACAGACUGAUAAUUCUUACAGGCUUAAUAUACAAUGGUAGGAUGACUUACCCAUAAUCAACCUUCAUGUGCUGUCCAUUGAAGAAAAAUACAGUAGAUGGAAUAUAACUGAUGUCAAAAUACUGGGUGUACACUGGGACAUUGUUCACAUCCACCAGGUAAAUGACUGCCAUUUUACUCAGGUCAUGAGCUGUUUUUGCAAGCUGGAAAGAGUGAGAAAUGCAGAUGACAAUUACAGUGAGACAUGAAGAAAAGAGGGUGGUAAGCUUUAUAAAGCCUGUUUCUCUUAUGUGUUACUAGCUUAAGCAGGUAUAGAAUAUUACAUGUUGUCUACCUCAAGCACUUUGUUCAGCCACUACAGUAGUAAAAACACAGAUGCUUACUUUUCAAACUUUUUUUAUAAAUAAAAUUUCAUUCUAUAUUUGCCACCAAACUCUUUGUGAGUCCCUAUCUUAGCAAAAGCAACAUUUUCUUCUAUGCACCAACUAUACUUGUACAAUCCGUUUAAAAAAAAAAAAAAAAAAA